CUUGGAUCUGAGCAUCCAGAUACAUUGACCAAUGUUGACAGCCUCGGCGACAUAUUUGAGAGGCAGGGAAAAUAUGUCGAGGCUGGGGCACUGUAUCGACAAACUUUGGAAAUGAGAAUGAAGGUGCUAGGCCCAGAGCAUCCAGACACACUGACUAGUCUCAAUAACUUUGGUUUAGUUGCUGGCAGGCAGGGAAAACAUAACAAGUUAGAGAUACUGCACCAAAAAGUAUUAGGAAUAAGGGAGAAGGUGUUGGGAACUGAUCAUCCGAGCACAUUGACUAGUGUCAACAACCUAGGCUUGGCCCUUCAGAUGCAGGGGAAGAAUCAAGAGGCAGAGGUAAUGUAUCGACGGGCACUAGAUAUGAGAGCUAAGGUGCUGGGCCCAGAAGAUCCAGCCACAUUGGUUAGUAUGAAUGAUCUUGGUGUUGUUUAUGGACAUCUGGAAAGGCACAAAGAUUCGGAGGCAGUGCAUCGACAAGCACUUGAACUAAGAGAGAAGGUACUGGGACCAGGUCAUCCAAAUACACUGGUCAGUGUUAAUGACCUUGGCUUCUCCCUUGCCAGGCAGAGGAAACAUGAAGAGGCAGAAGAAGCAUGUCGACGAGCACUUGAACUCAGAGAGAAGGUGGUGGGGUCAGAGCAUCCAGAUAUACUGCGAAGCGUUAACAACCUCAGAUGCGCCCUUAUAAGCCAGGGGAAACAUGAAGAGGCUCACCGUUUAACAGGGAAGACAUUGGGCUUAGAUCAUUGUUAG